CCUAGGUACAGACCUUUUGCAAUAACAUGUUUAUCGAAACUUAUGGUGGGUGGGUUGGCUACCUACGGCCUUUACAACUUGUUCCAAACUCAACCAAUCUGCUUCUAUACGAAUAACCGAAAGAAACGAUGCGUUAAAGCCGCGUUAAGAGCAUUACUAAGUGCACAAUAGCUGACAAACAACCUCGUGGAAACCGGACACACAAUAAAAUUAUUUUUACCGGCACAGAGAAGAAGAGAAAGGCGAGUGUUUCUUUCGGUUCGUCGUUAAUAACAAAAUUACAUUCGAAGCAACUUUGAACGGCAAUAAGAACCGAUAAUUGUUAUGUGCAACGUAUAAGAGAAGAUUGUCGGUGAAAAGGGGGAAAUGUUGAUCGAUGAAAGGCGAGGAGAGCAGGUAUUAACUGCCGGAACAGAGUUUUUGCGGCUUCGGUCGUGUGCAUGUCCUGUGCGGUUAUUAUUGUUCCGUCUUUGCGAGGAGUCCACGGGCAUCUCGAACGGGGUAAACAAACUCUAGCGUCGCGUCGAUGCGUACGCACUACGCGCUGGAUUCGAUCGAUUGUUCGGGGUGUGCGCAUGCGCCGCUCCGCUACGCGCCGCCCUUGGCCUAACCGGCAUGUUAGUAAAUCGCGCGGGAUGGUUCACGUGCGUGUUGCGUUUCGUCGUAAUUGUGACGUUUCUGCGUUGGAUCGUGCACCGGUCGGCUCGUCGAAACCAGACAACGACGGACAACGGACACCGUCGUGGUGACGAUCGUUCUUUUUGUUCGAACGCGACGCUAUUGUCGGGAACGUGUCGUGAUUCAGUAUCGUGUCCACGAGCUACCGAGCGAGACGUUUGUUCCUUCUUUCGAAUCACGCUCGAUGAAUUCAGGACGUGGUCGGAGAAACGCGAGGUGCUCGUCCUUUCGCAACGAAUUCGCCACAGAUUGGCUGCCAAAGAUGUGCUCGUGUCUGGAGACCGGCACCAUGUUUUCCGGGCUUUCCAAUCUUUCCAACCGAUCCAUGACCCGAGUCGGAAGCUACGAACGACUCGGAUCGCGAUGCAACGCGUUCGAGUUCAGUCGAACGUUGGUUAAAACGCGUACGAGAUACGAUCGGUACACGGACGAUUACGACGAUGAGAACUACCACGACGACGGCGGGGGCGGCGAUUGUUCCGUCGAAGAAAAUGGCCACGGGGACGGUGAAAAUCGCAUAGAGGAAUUACGCUUCCACAACGACGAUCACACUUGGAACAGCCUGAUCGUGGAAAAGAAUCUCCGUACGAUCGAUCUGUGUCAGCUUCUUAAAGUGAAGAGGAACGUGUCAGGAAUCGCGUGGUCCAUCGUGGAAACCUGGCCCCAUCUGGGAAUCGAACGUACGCUGGAGGAUCACGAGGACAUUCUAGCAGUGCACAGAGAGAUGAAAAUGUUCGCGUCCAGGCAUCAUAGAAAGUUUUUCUUUCGACCGGAUUUCCUCAAAUACGAGUUCUUUCUUAACCCCAAGCAAUUCUUUCCUACCGACAUGGUCGCUUUUCCUACCACCACCGUUGCUAUCCUCGAGGAUGGAGGGGCGACGAUGAUCGACGCCGAAAGUGCUUUGAGGAAUUUUCUGAUGCAAGACGACGCGGAAUGUCCUCAAGUGUUCAGCCUGGUCUGGAUACGAUUUCGAUACUUGGACGUUUGGAGGAAAAUGUACAUGCUGUUGCGCGAACGGAAGCUCUACGUCACGAACAAGAUCAACGCGGCAGAGGCGUUGGCUUCCUCGAAGCGGAUACUACCGGACAACGGGCAACUGACUCCGGUCGCUCACUUGUCGGAUUACGCGGUAUAUAGGAUUACGAACGCUAAAAAGCGUUUCAACGCGCCGUUCGAGUGGGGCGUCUGCUUGAGGCCAUCCAGCAACGCCGAAGCCGAAAGCACCGAGGCUGGAGAAUCCGGGCUCAAGGUCAUCGCUUUCCACAGUGAAAAGUCCCGCGUUUGCUGGCUCACGGCCAUGAGACUCGCCAAGUAUGGCAAGCAACUCAGGGAAAACUAUCGAGCGUUCAAGAACAAACAGUGCGAGCAGACCAGCGGAGACAGUCCGAAGGAACGAUACACCAAAUACGACAUGACCAACGAAACGGUGCGAUCUCGCGUAGCUAUGGAUUUCACCGGGAGCGUCGGGAGAAUCGUGGACGAUCCGAAAGAGGCCAAAGACAUCGCCGAGUGCGAGGGGAUCAACUGGCGUCGAACGUGGCGACCGUUCUCGAGACCGCCGGCCGGCUGCGCGGUGCUGAGGCUCCACGGACUCGACGACGGUAUCCACGUUUUGCAGCCCUGGUUUCACAGGGGACUCAAGAGAGACAUCGCGGCGGCGAUCGUCAGGGAUCACGGUUCCGUGGACGGCGUGUUCCUGGUCCGCGAGAGCAGGAGCAACCUGGGGGCGUACGUGUUGACCUACAAAUACAGCGAGAAAGUGUUUCACGCGCAAAUCCAACCGGUAUUCGACGAACGAUGCAACUGCUGGCUGUACACUCUGGACAAGGGCGUGACCAAGUUCUACGAUCUGCUGCAGCUGAUCGAAUUCUACCAGCUGAACGCGGGCUCGUUGCCGACGAGGUUGACCCACUAUGUGCAGAACGGCGUGCCGGUGCCCGUACCGAGGGCGGAGGACGGGAGAGCGUCGCCGUCGCCGCCCGAGCCCUGUCACAGAUUCGUCGCGACCGCCUGCGAGAAUCCAACGAGCCUCGAGGGCCAAGGGAGCAUCUGAGGAUAGGAAUUCCAGCGGCCCGACAGCCUCGACGAGCCACUCGUUUCGCGCGGUCCACGGCCAAACGGGGGCGCAAACGUUCGCCCGUCGCGAUCGGGUUGCUGGAGUUUGUGCCUGUGCAGCUACACCGACUGGAACUUGUAGCGCGAUUUUCCCCUUUCCACGGACCACGAUGAACGAAUGCACCGCGUGCAGAGGGAACAGAGGGGUCCGUGACCCGGAGGAGGAAGUCGAUAUCGUCCAACUUUGCCGCUCGAGCACCCCAAGACAACGAAAGUUUCGUUCGAUCGACGGCUACGAGGGCAGCAGCGAUCCUGCCCGUAGGCGAACGCGUUCCAGCAAACGUUCUAUUCUCGUCGCCGCAUGGAAACCACGAUUCCGGGUUUUCUGUUACCUUUUUAAACGCCGCGACGCUUCUUCUUUUUUCGCUCGACCCGCGAGCGCGUUCGUUCGCGUCACGCCGACGAUCUAAAAAUCGACUUUGACUGCGGUUGGUCAAUCUUGAUUUUUUUUUACCAAGGCGCCGCGACGACGAUCGAGCCCCGACGGAAAGAGGAGGAGGAGACGCGACGGACAAGCUGGAUACGAGAACAGUGCUCGCUGAACACGAUAGAGACUGACGGAGUCGUUGUCGCGGACGACAACGAUUUUAUCAUUAAGACGACUAUUAUGGAUAGCAAUUGUUACGAUAAAAUAUAUUUUGUACGAACAUGGACGCAGAAGUCGAUGCACGUAUCCGCGGGAACCGAGGCCCUCGUGGGCCGAAUUCGAGUUCGUUGCGCGGCUCGCUCGACGUUCGUUAAACGAAACAGCAAAGAAAAAAAAAAAACAAUAAAACGCAAACAUGCCACGGAACGUAA